UGUUAUCCAAUUUUAAUUGAAUCUUCUGAUUCCAAGUUUUUCAGAAUGUAUUACUUAAUACUUCUGGGAACGGUGGUGUCUUCGUCGGCAUUCUUGGAAUCCUUUUUCAUGGAAAACAAUUGCAGUUCCUCCCAAUUUGCGUGUAGAAAUGGUAAAUGUGUAGACCCCAAAUUGAGAUGUGAUGAUAUCAACAACUGUGGAGAUGGAACAGAUGAAAUGGACUGUGAACUUUUUCUUUGUAAGGAACCAAGAUUUUUUCGAUGCAAAAACCAUAGGUGUGUGAGCAAAUCAUUUGUUUGUGAUGGUGAGAAUGAUUGUGAAGAUUUUUCUGAUGAAGUGGACUGUGAAAACUUUAAGAUGUCCGAUCAUGUCGAAUCUCAUUGCGAAAAGGGCCAUUGGCAGUGCGCCGAUAAACUGUGCAUCCCCGACGACUGGGUGUGCAACGGCGAAGACGAUUGCUUGGACGGCUCCGACGAGCUUAUCGGGUGCACCUCCAAGAUCGAAUGCGACGGUUUCAAGUGCAAGAACGGCCACUGCAUACCCAACGAGUGGCAGUGCGACGGAAACAACGAUUGUCACGAUGGCAGCGAUGAGGAACAUUGUGAAAACCACGUGCCAAUAGAGAAAUGUUCGAUGGACAACCGAAAAUUCUUAUGCUCCAACAACAAAACGUGUAUCGACCUCCACUUAGUAUGCGACGGUCAUCCCCAAUGUCCUGAUAGAUCAGAUGAAGGACCACUCUGUAACACAACGUUCGAUUGCACCAAACACGGCUGUUCGCACGAAUGCAUCCAUCUUCCAACUGGUCCGAAAUGCUUAUGUCCCUCUGGAUACAACACCAUUGAUGAUAAACAUUGUCAUGAUAUAAACGAAUGUGAACAGUUUGGUAUUUGUGAUCAGAAAUGUCGAAACACCCCUGGAUCCUAUGAGUGUUACUGCGAUCACAAAUAUUUCCUGAAAGAAGACAGGAGAACCUGCAAAGCUAUGGGUGGAGAGGCCCUGAUGAUUUUCAGUUCCAAAACAGAAAUUCGAGCUUUCACUUUGGAUUCCGAGUUAUACUUUCCGGUUGCUAAAAAUCUCAAACAAGUCGUUGGUGUUGACUAUGAUGGUCACCAUGUUUAUUGGACAGAUAUAUUUUCCGAACACGAAAGUAUCGUGAGGUCUCUUGAAGAUGGAUCAGAGAGAGAGAUUUUGAUAACGGCGGGCAUGGGUUUGCCAGAAGAUCUGUCUGUUGAUUGGUUAACUGGCAAUAUUUACUUCACUGAUGCUGAGAAAAAACACAUUGGCGUUUGCACCAGCGAUGGAGCUCAUUGUACAGUUUUAGUGAAUAAAGAUAUCAAUAAACCAAGAGGGAUUGCUCUCAAUGUGGAAAGUGGGGAAAUGUAUUGGACUGAUUGGGGCUCACCAGCCAAAAUAUGUAACUCUCUAAUGGAUGGUUCGAACGAUAAAGUCUUUGUAUCGAACGAUAUCCACUGGCCCAAUGGACUGGCCCUAGAUAAACCUAAUCAAAGACUCUACUGGACGGAUGCUAAGAAAAUGACGUUGGAAAGCAUUCAUUUAGAUGGAACUGAUAGAAGAAUCGUUUUACAAGACGUUGUUAAGCAUCCUUAUGCAAUUUCCGUGUUCGAGGAUAGACUCUACUGGUCGGACUGGGCAACACAUUCAAUCCAAACUUGCAACAAAUUCACAGGAAAAAAUCAUCGUACCCUCGUUAAAGAUAACAAAGAGUUCAUUUAUGGAAUCAGUAUUUUCCAUUCGGCUCUGCACAAGCGUGUCGAAAAUCCGUGCGCUCUGUCUUUCUGUAGCGAUAUCUGUUUACUAAAAGGAGAUGGUUAUCGAUGUGCUUGUCCUGAAAAUAAAAUACUGGGUGCUGAUCAACAUAUAUGCCGAGAUAUUGUUGCGAAACAAAUGCUAAUAGCCGGCACCAAAAAUACCCUGGUUCACAUAGAGCACCAGUUCCUCGGAAAACACGACGUCACAUCUCUACCAACUGUGGCCAGAGACAUCGGCUGUCUGGCAUUCGACACCGUGAAUAAUACUUUAUUGAUCAGCGAUUUGGCAUCGAAGAAUAUCAUCAGCCUCAAUUUGGACACAGGAGCUAGCGACAUACUCGAUAUCGCCGGGUUGGGACGUAUAACAGCAAUGGAUUAUGAUUCAAGAGGAAAUAAUCUCUACAUAUGCGAUGAAGAUAGAUCCACAUUGGAAGUAAUCAACCUAAAUUCCAUGUCCAGAAAAAUACUUUUGCAUGACAUGGAUGGUGAAACUCCUGAAGCAAUAGCAUUAGUACCUGAAGAAGGAGUUAUGUUUGUCAGUUUGAACAAAAAAGGCGACAGAUCAUCUCACAUUGAUCGUUUUUACAUGGAUGGAACAGGUCGAACUCACGGCAUGGAGAGUAACCUCGUCGGACCUAUUUCGCUCUAUUACGAUCACGAUUUACACAGGGUGUUCUUCGCCGAUGCUGGAACAGGGUUGAUCGAAUCCACGAGCGUGGAAGGCGAUGAUCGUCACCAGUUCCGGAAAUUGCAAACGUAUCCAGUGAGCAUCGCAACAUUGAAUAAUGAUAUUUUCUGGGUCAAUGCCAAUUCUAAGCGUCUUUAUUGGGGAGAAAAGAAGGCUGAGAGCAAUUUCAACAAGAAAAUUACCCUUGAUCUAACCGAGGAUCCCGAGAAACUCCACCUCGUAUCAAUAUCUGCCAGAAAGCAAUCCGUCAGCUCCUGUCGAUUGAACAACAACGGCUGCAGUCACCUCUGUCUCCUGUCCCAUAAAGUGACUGUUUGCGCAUGCCCGGCCGGCUGGGAACUCUCCAAGGACAACCGAACUUGCGCGAAACGUGUGCACUGCGAUGGUACCGAGUUUCUGUGCCAUAAAUCGAAUACUUGUAUAUUGAAAAGCCUGAGAUGCAACGGCCACAAAGACUGCACUUUUGGAGAAGAUGAAGCAGAUUGUGUGGAAGCCAAUAAGUGCUCCAGUGGAUUUUUCCAGUGUGACGAUGGCGAGUGUAUAAGAGAAGACCUUCUUUGCAACCACCAUUACGACUGCAAGGACAAAUCAGAUGAGCACAACUGCAGUGUGAAAUGGAAUGAAGCACAUUGUCCACCUUCACAUUUCAGAUGUGCAAACGGAAAUUGUAUUCCUGACAGGUUUUUGUGUGAUGGAGCUAACGAUUGCACUGAUAAUUCGGAUGAGACUAACUGUGAUGCAGUUUAUUGUUCGGACACCCAAUUCAGAUGUGAUUCGGGAACAUGUAUUCCGAAAAGCUGGGAAUGUGAUCAUGAAUACGACUGUACUGAUUUGUCAGAUGAACAUUCCAUGUGUUCAUCAGUCACCUGCCCGACAACCCUCCACACUUGCGCCAACGGCAGAUGUAUCGACCCCCACCUACUCUGCGACGGCGCGGACGAUUGCGGCGACAACUCGGACGAGCGCUCGUGCCUCACUGACCCCUACCCCUGCGGGUCCGGCCGUUUCGCCUGCCCCUCCAACACGUCGGUGUGCCUGCCCCUCUCUGCGAAGUGCAACGGAACGGCGGAGUGUCCGCGCAAGGAGGACGAGCAGGGGUGUUCGGAGUGUGGGGAGGAGGAGUUUGGCUGCACGAACGGGAAGUGCCUGCCGGUGCAGUGGCGGUGCGACGGGCUGGACGAUUGCGGGGACGGGAGCGACGAGAGGGCGGAGGAGUGCUCGCGCGGGAACGGAACGGCGGGUGGGGUGGGGCCGACUUAUGCUUCCUGCGAGGAUGGUUUCAGGUGUAAAACCGGCGACUGCAUCGACCUAAAGCUAGUCUGCAACGGCAACCACGAUUGUUACGAUGGUUCCGACGAGGACGGCAUGUGCUCCGUUUCGUGCGAGGGAAAGAAGAACCCGUGCUCACAGGUAUGCCUGAAGACACCUGCGGGGCCAUCAUGCGCCUGCGCGCCCGGCUACAAAAUGAUGGGCAACGGGUUCAGCUGUAUGGACAUCAACGAGUGUCAAAGCAGCCCUCCAGUGUGCAGUCAGCUGUGUCACAAUCAGAAUGGUGGUUAUAGUUGUGAUUGCUACAAUGAUUUUAUGCUCAGAUCGGACAAAAAGUCUUGCAAAGCCGAAGGACUCCCAAUGUCCCUCAUAUUCAUCACCGGAGGCCAAAUCAGGGAGCUCACGCAGAAAUCGAACAUAAUGUCCAUAGUGUUCGCCAGCCCAGUGCCCAAAAUAACCGGCUUGGACGUGCUGCUCGACCCGAAAUCCGUCUAUUUCAGUAUCGAGGCGACAUCCACGAUUCACAGGGUCGACAAGGACACCCAGACCAGGCACUACAUCAAAAACGUCGGGCAACCACAAGCGCUCGCAGUGGAUUGGUCGACUCGCAACGUUUAUUACUACAACGCAGAAGUUAACGAGAAGUCUAUCAGGGUUUGCAGUUUCGAAGAGAAGUGCGCCAAGCUGAUCGACAUCGACAUACACAGACAAGUAUCCGCUUUGGCGGUCGAUUCGGUGAAUAAGGUUAUGUUCUAUUCGGUGAAUAGCUGGUGGGUAUUCAACGCUCCUAGCUACGUCAUCUACAGAUGCAAUUUGGAUGGAAGUGGUAGAACUCAGUUGGUCCAAACGACAGCUGGCUAUGUAACCGACAUCACUUUCGACUACAACAAAAAGAACCUCUACUUCAUGGACCAACAUCUCGGCCAGAUAAACUCCAUGACCUAUGAAGGCAAGACUAAAACGCCGAUUUUCUCCAACAUUACUCGAUCGACAGGCCUGAAAUUCUUCGAGAAUCAUCUUUACUACACGAGCAACGGAGGCAUGAUCGCCAAAUGCAGGUUGUACGACUCCUUCGGAUGCGAGAGUUUCCGGUUGCAUCCCUAUCCAGUCGAACUGUUCACCAUCGUCCAGAAAACGGUGCAGCCGCCGCUCGAUAAUUUGUGUGAGCGGAACACUUGCUCGUAUAUGUGUGUACCCGGCGAGACGAGUUACAGAUGCCUGUGUCCGAACGGUACACUCGUUGCCAGAAAUGAAGUUUGCGUGGUGAACGAACAUUCUUCUGAAAACGACGAUACAAAAUAUAAAGUACAUUCGGUAUCAAUGAAAACUGAUGACUCGAAGAAAAACAGCUCAGGAGCAAUAGCAGCAGCUAUUUUGGUACCCCUAUUUUUGCUUUUCAUUGCUGGAGCUUGCUUGUACAACAUCAAGAAGAAGAAUAAUGGUGGCUUGAGCGUCAGUAUGCGGUUUUAUAAUCCAAUUUAUGGGAAACAAGUGGAUGAUGAGCAUCCAAUUCUUCAGCCUGGCCAACAUGAAUACUCAAAUCCUGUUCAUUUCGGCAAAGAAGAUGCUCAAUUGAAUGUAAGUGAUUUUUCAAAGAAAUCAUUGGAUGUGUGA